AUGGCUUCCUGGAAGUCCACAGGCACCUACGUUGACGCUGUCCCCCCUCGUGGGGCGAACAUCGUCAGUGGCAUGUGGAUCUUCAGGGUGAAGCGGCCGCCGGGUUCUCCGCCUGUCUUCAAGGCGCGUUACGUGGCUCGUGGCUUCAGUCAGCGGCAGGGAGUUGACUACUUUCAGACCUUCUCCCCCACCCCGAAGAUGACCACUCUUUGGGUACUGCUGCACGUUGCUGCUCACCAUAACUACGAGCUGCACUCUCUCGACUUCAGCACAGCUUUCUUGCAGGGCAGCCUGCACGAGGAGAUCUGGCUGCGUUGCCCACCUGGCUUCACUGGGUCUUUCCCUCCUGGUACCCAGUCGAGUCUCCGGCGUCCAGUCUACGGUCUCCGCCACGCGCCACGUGAGUGGCAAGACACACUGAGGACUACGCUUGCGGCUCUUGGGUUUGCUUCUUCUACUGCCGACCCGUCGCUGUUUCUGCGCACCGACACCUCUCUGCCGCCGUUCUACAUCCUCGUGUACGUUGACGACUUGGUCUUUGCCACAGCUGACACUGCUGGACUCGCCAACGUGAAGUCCGAGCUGCAGAAGCGACACACGUGCACAGACCUGGGUGAACUGCGCAGCUACCUUGGCUUGCAGAUCACCCGGGACAGAGCACGCCGCACCAUUACCCUGACUCAGUCACACAUGGUGCAGCAGGUCCUUCAGCGCUUCGGCUUCACGUACUCCUCGCCUCAGGCCACUCCUCUGCCUACUCGCCACUCACUCUCAGCUCUGCCUUCGAUGAGUCCCAUUCUUGCACGCUAUGUUGCUCCUGGGAGACACCGACCAGAGCACAUGGCUGCAGCGAAGAGGGUGUUGCGCUACUUGUGCAGUACGUCGGGCAUGGGGCUAGUGCUUGGAGGGCGGAGUCUAGUGGUCCUCACUGGGCACGCGGACGUUUCUUGGGCUGACGACCAGGCUACGCAGCGGUCGUCACAGGGUUAUACUUUCAGUCUUCGUUCCGGUUCUGUUUCGUGGCGGGCUACCCGCUCGUCUUCUGUUCUCGGCUCCAGUUGUGAGGCUGAGAUCUACGCCGGGGCUAUGGCUGCCCAGGAGCUUCGCUGGCUCACCUACUUGCUGACCGACCUUGGAGAGCCGCCUCGUUCUCCUCCAGUCCUGUACGUAGACAACCAGGCCAUGCUGGCCUUGUGUCAAGAGCAGCGACUGGAGCACAGGACAAAGCACAUUGCUCUCCGUUACAUUCUUGCUCGUGAGCUACAGCAGCGUGGACAGUUGCGGCUUGCGUACGUGGCCUCUGAGGCCAACACUGCUGAUGUUUUCACCAAGGCACUUGCGCCUUGUGAUCAUCAGCGCUUCUGCACUCAGCUGGGUCUUGUGCUUGUCUUGCCUCACUUGCUCACUUCUUGA